AUGGAAACUCGAGAAAGAUGCAGACCCUCACGCUGGAUGAAAACCCAAAUGAACAGUUCAUUUCCAGAUGAACUAGGCUGCAUCCCAGAUGGAACUGAUGAGGAACAAGAUGACUUACCUUAUGACGGAGAUGUAGGAAUAACAGGUAAAUACAAUAAUAAUUCAAGUAAUUUGAGUGACUGUACUUGUACACAAGAUAUUUUUGGUAUUUUGAACUUGACCUGUUCUGAAGAUAACAAAAACAUAAAAGCUACAGCAAAUUAUGAAACUCAUCUACAGCCUGAAGAAUUCUGCAGUUACCACAGAGAGGCCAUCGGAACGACGAGAAGUCUAAUUGAACUGCCUGGAAGCGAAGCUUCAUUUAAGAAGAAAGUACCUGUUGGUAGUUCUAGUAAAGCAGAGAGCAAAGAACAUCUCACUAACUCAAAAAUGUCCAAUAUCCUUUUGCGCCAUUUUUCUAAGGGAGAAUCAAUAGGCACAUGCCAGUUAAUUGAAUGUGAGACAAUACCAGAGACAUCCUUUUCUGAAAGUAUCGAUGACCAUGUGAAAAAACCCGAGCCUUCAGAACACAUCAAAGGCCCCUCAGCACAUGAACAGUGGGCAACUAACUUGGAAGACCAUCACUCACAAAAGCACGAGGAAGUAAAUGUUGGUGAUAAAAAUCAAAAUUCACUAAAUGGAAACAGAUAUGCUUCAGAGAAACUAAUUUCUUCUACUGGUGAGUGUGGGUGCAAGAAAGAAAACUCACAACUGAUUAACGAGAAUGAAGACACGCACAUCUUUCAAAACAUGAAAGAAGAGAGCAGACUGUUUAAGAAAACAGUUUCACCUUGUGAGCUCCAAUGUGGCCAAGGUCAAGCUCACUGUUCCCUUCCUGACUUCUCUGAAGUUGCUUCAGAAGUUAAAGUACCAAAAAGAAGUGACAAUAUUAACUCAGUUCUUACAACUGAAGGAACAAAACCCUUCCCUAUUUUGCUAAGUAAAUCACUAACUGUGAACAACAUUCUAGAAAAUAACUAUUUCAGUUCUGCUGAAGUAAAGAAUCAAGGAGAAAUGACCAUUCCAGAACUGUUGCAACAGCUAGAGGCAUUAAAUCAACUGAAAAGACACCUUGAUGCCUUGGAAAGGAAUUACUUAAGAGCUAGAGAAGAACACCAUAAUUUACAGCUGCAGAACCACAAGAACAAGUCUAUCAACGUUGGAGAGUUCGAUCCUGAGAGAAAGGUGGAAGGGGAAAUAUUUAGACUUGGUAUGCUGCUUGAAGACAUCCAGGAACAAACGGAUGACGACAGCAGAGGCAACGCAUCUUCUUUGCUUACUUCCUGUGAAUCUGCCCAUUCAUCAUACUCUCUUUGUGAGAGCUCAGUAGUUUCAAGCAUUGCUGAUCCUCCAGAAAGAAGAGGCACUGAAACUGCAUUUCCUAACAAGAACAAGGGAGAAAAAAUUCAGACAACUGAUGCAAUCCCACAGACCAAGGGAUCUGCUUUAGAAGGUGACAAGUGCAAUCUUUGUCUUCACAUGCAAAACUCUGAGGCUGUCAAAACCUGCUACUCAAGCACACAGGAUAUCCUUUCACAUCAAUGCUUACCCAGCAAGAAGUCUGCCCAAAGCAAAUCUGCAAUCAACAUCAGAAACAGAAAUGUUGAUGAUUCUCCUGCAAAUAUUUUAAGUUCUACUCUGGAUCAUGCCAUACAGACAGCGAACAGUUUGAAGAAAGCUACAGAGCGAAUGGUACAAGUAGUUUCAAAAGAUCUAGCUAAAGUGAAAAGAAAACAGCUUUAA